CUGAUAAUUUGCAGCGGUGUGUGGCCUCGUACUCAGGCCCUUGUGCGCGGCCGACUAUAUAUUCCCGUAUUGUCUUGGCGGUAUGCUUGAACAGCAUGUUUCUGGAAUAUGGCUCACAACUAGAGACGAACGGCGGCGAAAGAAGUCUUCUAGAAGGGCGGCAAAGCGAAAACGGGAGAAGGAGAAUUAUACUCUUGUUGGAUCCUACAAGGUAGAAGGUGCGUCUGCUAGGGUAACCAGAACGUUACAAAAAGUAGGUUCCAGGUCAAAGUUACAAACUAAGAUAUCACGUUUCAUGCUCUCUAAUGAUGACAAAGAAGUCGAAGACCCAAUCGAGAAGAUCCAUGACAGAGAUACGUGUCCUAGACGUCAGCAAUUGCUUACAAAACAGGAAUCUGUACUUCAGGCACUGGAACACUAUGAUCUUGAGAAAAGAGAUUUAGUCUGUCAAGCAAGUAAAAGAGACACAGAUUUGGAGACUAAGGAAGAAUUGCAAGGCAGUAUAUUUAAUCAUAAUGAUCAUCUGAAUGGAGAAAUAGAUGAGGCAUGGAGCCCACCCUCUCAUUCUACAGAAGUAUCUGUUUCGUUUCCAACUGAUAGAUCAACAAAUCAUUUACCAUUCAGUGAAUCGUCCAAUUGCCACGAGGAAAGUGACAGAUUGUUGCCAUGCCUCUAUGAUCCAGCGUUCUACCACAACUGUACAGAACACAAUACUCAGGGUGAAACUCUUCCACCCAUUACUCAUUCACUGAUAUAUCAAGCUCUGGGAUCUCCAGGCAGCCUAGAACACGGAUCAGACAGCAGUAAUCAAAUCGAGUUGUAUGACACAGCAAGUACGUAAUACAAAUAGUGGCAGAUUGUAAUGGAUGACACAAGAGAGACAGUUUGAGAUACCGGUACAUUGUAUUGUAGUAUUGGCAACACAGUUUAAUAAAA